AUGGAGGCGCCCCCGCCACCGCAGGACGGGAAUGCCAAAAACAUUGUGAGGAGUUGCAUUACUUGUGCAAAGGCCAAGGCCAAGUGUGUUAAGAGUGCUGGGGCGGAGAAGUGUGAACGAUGUGCGAGGUUGAAUAAAGAGUGUACUUCCAAGGAGCCGGUUUUGAGGAGGAAGAAGAUUGUGAAGACGACCCGAGCCGCCCAACUCGAGAAGCUCGAGAGCAAGAUCGAACAUCUCGUCAAUACUCUAUCCUCUGGUCCUCAACCUUCAUACCGGACGAAUGAGUAUGGGCAGCCGUCGCCGCCCAUCUCACAAGUAUCCUCUGCUCAGGACAAGGCCGUCGUCGGAACCCGGACCGAGGAAGUCCUCCAUAGCCUUUGCCACGAUAACAAUGGCACCGUGCAUACCGACUCGAGCGGGCAACCCACCCCAGCUCUGGCCCCACCUUCUGAUAUCCCCGUCGCGAGUGCCAUCACACUUAGCGAGGCCGAGGUCUUACUGGAUCGGUAUUGUCGGUUGAUGUCCUCUGGUAUGCCGUUUGUUGUAGUUUCUCCUGGAGCUACAGCUCAGACUCUCUUCGAGACGAAGCCUGUGCUUCUGCGAGCGAUAUGUACUGUCGCUAAGUUUCACGAUCUGCCUCAACAACAAGCACUCGUGAAGGAGCUGGUGAAGGAGGUUGCUGGCCGAGUACUUGGCGAGAGCGAGAAGUCUAUCGACAUCAUCCAGGCCAUCCUCGUCUUCGUGGCUUGGUAUCAUCCACAUGUGUUCUGGAGUCACCAAGUGACCAAUCUGCUCCAUCUCGCUAUCGCUAUGUGCAUCGACAUGGGCAUCGAUCGAUCACCUGGACAGAACCAGGACUUCAAAGCGGCCACGACCAAGGCUGUUCAUGGCCCGUGUCUUGCGCAGCGGAUACCUACACUUGAAGAGCGAAGAUCUCUAUUGGGUGUCUUCUAUAUGACAUCGAUGUUGUCGUCCUCGUUCAAGAAGAUCGACGCCAUGCCUUUCACACGCUACAUGGACGAUUGCCUCAACAGCCUCGAACAAGCACGCGAGCACGACAGCGAUCUGUUCCUCGUCCAGAUGACCCGCAUACAACACGUCAUCGAGGCCAUACAUACUGUUGACAGCCCGACCGCGCCUGCAAGAGUCUACAUCAAAGCCUUCCAAGCGGAUAUCGAACGACUAAAGCGCUCUGACCCCUGCAAAGGCGACAACGUCUUCCUUGUCAUGCAAUACGUCACCGCCGAGAUCCUCAUGUGGGAGCUCUCACUCAUCGACCUGCAAGAGAACCGCACGAGCUCAUUGAGCACCCAUCUCGAAGACCUCUAUCGCUGCGUCGCAGCAAUUCAGUCCUUCCUCGACGUCUGGUACACCAUCCCCUCAUCAGCUUACUACCUCCUUCCCUUCUCUGUCUUCGGCCAAUUCGCCCACGCCUUCAUCGUCCUGACCAAACUCGCCUCCCUCGAAGUCGAAGGCUGGGAUCUGAAGGCCUUGAACGAACAACUCAACUUCCUCUCCGUCAUUCACGAAUCCGCUUCAGCCUUCGAAGAAGCCACCCGCUCCACACCCGACGGCAUCGCCGUCAACAACGAUUCCUUCGGCAAAUGGUCCUCCCGCAUCCGCUGGAUGCGACAAGUCUACGAAAGCAAAUUCACCGCCGAAGGCAACGUCAACGCCGCUCUCCGCGAAGAAGCCGAGCGAGCAAGGGAGUGGGACGUCUCAGGGAGUGAAGCUGUGCAACAACAACAGCUCCAGUCACAAUCGCAGCAACAAUCGCAGUUGCACACCCCGUCAUCGGAGAACCCUUCCUCGAUGAUGAAUCCUACGGAUGUCUUGAAUGCGGACUUCUUCAAUUACCUCGAUGAGAACUUUUGGCAGAGCUUUGCGACGGACUUUGAUUUGAGUUAUCCUACUGUGGGUCCGUUGGCGCAUGGGGCUGAGGGGCAGAGGUGGUGGCCGAAGGUUGGAUGA